UUUGCAACAACAAAAAUAAUAGAAACAAGCACACGGCACAUAUGCUCGCAGAAAAAAUAGAAACACAUUUCCCCAAAUUGCAAAGCGAAUUGCCGUGAUCUGCUGGAAACCGCACUUUGGGGCGUGAGAAGGGGAGAGGCAGACGGGGAGCAGAGAAGCGACCAAGUGACCGCCUCCGUCGCGUAAUAAUAGUUGGGGCCUGGACAUUCCCGUUCGGGUUGAGAUCUCGCGUGCCCACCGCCGCCGCCAACGCCGCCCGGCAAUAACAAUAACAAAUUCGCUUUUAAUUGAAAUUUAUUUGUUGUGAGAUGCGGCUGCCACUGGGGGCCAGACCGUAGAGUGUAGUCGUAGACCGUAGUUGUAGUCCAUGGUCCAUAGUCCCCCGUCAACCUUCAUCGUUGCUGCCGCCCUUGCCACGCCCCCCCAAUAUUAAUUAACCGGAGGAGCAAAGCGACGCUAAAGAAUUGAGCAUGUUAAUAUGUUAAUUGGAAGCAAUCAAUGUGCCUGAAGCCCUCGCUCGAAUCGAACGCGAACGGAAGCGAUCCCGUGGAGUCCGCAUCGGAAGAGCAGUUAGUCUAGGCGUGGUAGCCAUGGAGGAGGAACGCAACGAGAAGAAGGUGCUCUGCGAGAAGAUCAUACAGGAUAUCAAUGCGGUGUUUCUCAAGGAUCAGGAUCUCGCUUCCUUCGAGAUUAUUCCCAAGGAGACCAAUUGCAACAAAUCGCCGGUGGUGCAUGUUGAGCACAAUCUGGGCCUGGAGUCGUGGUGUGCCCAGCAUGUCUACGAUCAUGCCCAUCGCACCCUCAUCUCGCACCGGCGUCAGUCGUCGCAGCAGCAGCUGCGAACGCUCCAGCAGCAGCAGCAGAGCGACAUUCUGGCCAAGUACCUGAACGUGGCGCUGCUAAUCAAUCCCGAUGUGACCACUUUCUGGCACAUCCGCCGCCAGCUGGUGCAAAAGAACCGGCUGAGCAUCAAUAAGGAGCUGCAGUUCUCCGCCCUGGUGCUCUCCAUCAAGCCCAAGUCCAACGAGGCGUUCGCCUAUCGCCGCUGGCUGUACUCCUUUCAAAGCGCCGAUGCCAUUGACUGGCCCAACGAGAUUGGGAUCUGCGAGCGGGCGGCCGAUCGCUGUGCCAGCAAUUACCAUGCCUGGUCGCACCGUCAGUGGAUCCUGCAGAGCGGCCCCUGCCUGCUGCAAUCGGAGCUCCUGCGGACGGAAAAGUUUAUGCGGAAGCACAUCAGCGACUACAGUUGCUAUCACUAUCGCCAGGUGCUACUCGGACGCGCCUACGAGCUCUGCUUCGCCCUGCCCACCGACCCGGGUCCCAAUUGCCCCUCUCCCUUGGCCAGUCUCCAGCAGCUGCUGACCAACUAUGGCCUGAGGGGGGCGGACAGGGCGGAGGACAUGCUGGACCUGCUGCUGCCCGGAAUGGAUCGCAGUGCGGUAAGCAGCCAGAGGCUACGCUCCUUUCUCUACUGCUGCAAUGUGGCCGCCAGCGAUAUGCGGCUGUGCGAGGAGCAAAAGGCCAUGUAUGGGCAAAGGGAUUGCUUUGAGCUGCAUCGCCGGGCCGCGCUCAAGUUCAUUGUGGAGCAGUGCGUCCGCCUCGAGGCAGGCGGCUUGCUAGCGGCACAUCCAGCCGCGACGGAAGAUGUGCAUCGACAUUUGAGACAGCUGGACUUUGAGACGCAUCCCUUUCUGGCCGCCGUGCGGCGGGAGGAGUCUGCUCUGGGCGCCAAGCAUCGUCGCUGGUGCAACCUACACCUGAGCUUUGGCUAUCCGGCGGAUUAGUCGUCGUCGGUCGGCGGGACCUGAAACAUUGUGAAUAGCUCAAAGCUGCGGAUCAGGUUGUUUCUCGCGGCGCAGAGGAACUCAAAUCAAUCUACCCCAUAGGAUUACGUACUCUCUCUUUACCUGGUCCCGUUGGAAGCACACAUUCACCCGAAGGAUGAACUUGUCGAAGGAAGGAAGGAAUUGUGCAACAGGAGACGGGACCAGGACUCUAUGUGUACUCUCUCUCUCUAUCUAUAUAUAUAUAUUUAUGUAUAUGUAUUUACGCCCCCAAAGACAAAUGUUCAACCACUAGCCCGAAAUGAGACGGACUCCACUGGAUCCGGUUCCCACCAAUUGCAUUUCGAUAUAUAUGUUAGCGUUAAACUGUUCGACUCGUUUCUCGAUCUGAUAUAUGUUGUAUAUAUCUGGCACGACUUGUUAUCUCUAUCCCCGUGGCCAGAUGUACGAUUUAACCAAUUAUCGCCAUGCCAUGCACGUGUUUGUUGUUAGCUAAUUUGCAGUUAGUUUUAAAUAAAUCCAACCAACAGACAA